AUGGACCUGGUAACGGCCAAGAGCCGCGCAAUCGGCGCCUGGGACGAGAGGUCGGCGCCCAGGAAUAGCCUCAUCCCGGACGACGACGAGCAGGACUUUCUGCCGCGGCGUCGCUUCGACCCGCGGCGCAGCAAGCUGCACCACGACGUGCCUCUCGAGGAACUGGUGCAGUACGACGAGCAGCGCCAGGUGGCGCGGCUGGCGAUGCGGCACCCGCGCACGGGCGCCAUCGAGGUUGACGAGUCGACCGUCGUGGUGGCCAUCGACGCCGCCUGCCGCGACACCGGCCGGUCGUCGGCCCGCGCCGCCUGGGCCGUCUGCUUCGGCCCGGCCUCGUGCCGCCGCAACGAGUGCGGCGUGCUGCCGCUCAGGGCCAUUUCGUCGUUGUUGAAGUCGGCCCGCCCCGUGCCGCAGACGGUGCCCCGGGCCGAGAUUGAGGCGCUCGCUCGCGCCCUACAGGCCGUGGCGAACCUGACGCGCGGCGACUUUGCGGUCCGCGAGGUCAUUGUGCGCUCGCACUCCGAGUUCCUGGUGCGCGCCAUGUCCGAAUGGAUCGAGGAGUGGAUCGAGAACAAGGGCCGGCGCGAGUGCGGCACCAGGGUGCCCAACUUUGAUGCGCUGAGCGACGUCAGCGAGCUCGUCGACGAUGUAGAGUACGGCGUCGGCGGCGGCGGCGGCGGUGAUGGCAAUGGAGAGAGUGACGAGGGUAGCGGCGGGCUCGAGAUCUUGUUCUGGCACACCCACCGCGACGGCACCUUUUCGGCCGACUGGCUGGUCGAGUAUGGGUUUGAUGAGGAGUAA